AUGCUCGACUCAUCACCCAAAGCCGACGAAGGCGAGCGUGAGCAAGUGAACGCCCUCCCUGCUUACUCUCCUGAUGCGAAUACCCCUGAAUGGGCUCUUUAUCCCUUGCACAACCACUCUUACUUCCUGUCCGAUUCGAAGCAGGGACAGCGAUGGCUCACUCUGGACGUACGCAGUCGAGCGAAAUCCGCGGGGGAUCCACCGACUUUCUUCCAAAACGGAGUGAUUAGCGGUACAGUCAGCGUGCAUCUGGAGAAGGAGGAGAGUUUCCGCUCCAUCGAAGUUCAAGUAACUGGCCGCAUGACCAUCUUUGCCCAUAGAACGUUCAAUUUUCUCACCAUGUCGCGAACGUUAUGGCCGCCUUCGCCGUCCUCGCCAAGCGGCAGUUUGAAGGGAGAUCAUCGAUGGCCGUUUUCCUUCGAACUUCCGAGGGGUAUCACUACCUUGAUGUACGCUCAAGUGGGAGAAGCAGUGGAAGAGAACCUCCUUCCACCCUCCGUAUCCGACCAGAAAACGGGAGUCUUCGUUGAAUAUCAGAUAACCGUGCAGGUUUCUAGGGGGAAGAUUCGACGGGGUAGUAGCCUGGUUGUGCCUAUCAUGUACACACCGAUGACGCGGCCAGGUCCGCCGUCUGCUGCGCGACAAAUCGCGUAUCAGAAGAACACGCGGAUACCAGACGCAGAAGCGGACCCCGAAGGAUGGUCGACGCUUCCUCCGUUGAUCGUGCAAGGUGUUAUGUCUAAAAACAUCGAGGUCGAAGCAAUAUGUACAUUGUCCCUCGCGAAGCCUUUGUGCUACACUCGCGGCACCGCCUUGCCGUUGACGCUUGUCAUUGAAUGUGACAAUGAGCAGGCACUGGAUUUGCUUGCAACUAAUGAGGCCAUCGCCAUCCGGCUGAUGCAGGAGACUUCGUACGGGCCAGACUUGCUGCAAAUGUACAGCAGCUCAGACCAGAUUGAAACAAGGCACCACGAAAUAGCACGCGCGGUCUGGACUCAUUUAGAUGAUGAUCCAGCACGUCCGCAUAGGAGGAAGCUCGCAGGAGAAAUACAUAUUCCUGAGCACACUGCACCUCGUUGCAGCUUUCUGAAACUUCAGAUCAAGCAUACAGUCGUUCUGGACAAAUUUGAGGCAGAAGGUUUCGUUCAAGCGGAGUCGAUGAUAUCACCGCUGUUGUCGGAGAAAGUGGAAAUCGCCACAGCACACGCGCCGGGACCGAAACCGAGGAAGUACAUCACUGCUCCCGGGCUUAGACGAGCGCAAACAAGAGCGACACCAGAAGCGCAAGGAGCUCCUCUCACGAGGAUAUUUACUUGGCCACGACGGAGGAGCGUUGUUUGA